AAGACAAUUUUUUCAGCCGGUUUGUUAUUGUCGUCUUGUGGCUUUAAUUUAAACAAAUCAAGUUUUCCCAUAUAAAUGUAAGUGAACCCACCUGCAACCAUGGCUCACCUGACCGGCACCCGUGUCAGCACCUUCAAUGAAAGCUUCCUCAACGAAAAUGAGCACGACUCGAAUGCGGUGCUCAUGGAGCUGGACAAGGGGCUGCGUAGCGCCAAGCAGGGAAUCCAGUGCGAGGCGAUUGUCCGCUUCCCGCGACUCUUUGAGAAGUACCCGUUCCCCAUCCUGAUCAACUCUUCGUUCAUCAAGCUGGCCGAGUUCUUCGUCAGCGGAUCGAAUCUCCUGCGCUUCUGGGUGCUGCGCGUCUGCCAGCAGAGCGAGAAUCACUUGGACAAGAUCCUAAACAUUGACAACUUUGUGCGUCGCAUCUUCAUGGUGAUGCACUCCAACGAUCCGGUGGCGCGUGCCCUGCUCCUGCGCACUCUCGGCGCCGUUUCCCGCGUCAUUCCCGAGAAGCAGCAGGUGCACCAUGCCAUCCGCAGAGCUCUGGACAGCCACGAUACCGUUGAGGUGGAGGCGGCCAUAUAUGCCAGCAGCUGCUUUGCCGCACAGUCCAGUUCGUUUGCCAUCAGCAUGUGCGCCAAGAUAUCGGACAUGAUUGAGUCGCUGCAGGUUCCAGUGCCGAUGAAGCUGCUCCUUAUUCCCGUGCUGCGGCACAUGCACCACGACGCCACCACAGCGACUCUGGUCAGCAGGCUGUGCAUGGACCUGCUACCCAAGUAUCCGGCCCAGAGCUUCGUGGUGGCCAUUAUAGACACGCUCACCCAGCUGUCCUCCCGCACUCUGGUGGGUGUGCCCGGUCAGCUGGAGGUUCUGCUGGACUUUAUGCAAGAUCUUCGCACGCCCGUGCGCGUCCAGGUGCUGCGCUCCUUCAACGAGCUGGCGGGUAGCCAAAGCGUGGAUGCCUGGCCCAAGCCAGCAAUUGAAGCUCUCAUCGGCAGAUUCGAGCUCUGUACCAAUUCCCAGGAGCAGUUUCUCUUCCUCUCGAUCCUGCUAAAGCUCAGCGAGUGCCCGCUCACCUGCCAGCAGCUCCUAAGGGAGCACCGCGGGGCAUUGCUUCAACUCUGCAUCCAGUGCAUCAGCAAGCUGGACGACUAUACCACAGCGACCCAGGCCAUGGCGGUGCUUUCGGUCCUCGGGGCCUUUGGACUGAAAAAGAAGCACGAGAGCGGCGUGCAGCAGGUGGAGGAUAUCCUGCACAUGGUCAACCUGCACAUGGAAGGAUUGCUUCUGUGCACGGCGAGGCGGGCGGAGUGCACCAGGGAUCUCCGGCGGGUGCUGACCUACGGCAUUAGGAUUACGCAAGCGAAUGCUGAGUUUGGAACGUCCUUCAUCGAAAUUGUGACCAACACACUGGGCGACAAGGUGGUGUAUCCGCCGGCCAACGCGGAGCUCAUGUGUGAGGCUUUGGUUGGUCUCUGUGAGCACUUCCAGUUGCGCAAGUAUGCCUUCUCCACGGUCGAGGGCCUGGUGGGUGAGGACGACAGCAAUGCCAUGGAUACCGAUGAACCGCCGCCAUCAAAGGUGAAUCCCAUGCUGGCCCGCUUGCCGCUCAUCCUGCACAAGUUGAACAGUAUCAUUGAGAGCCCGGAGAGCUGCGAGCAGCAGGUUAAGACCGUGGAGAUCCUCAGCGCUCUGGUACUGCAGACAACCAUGGGCUGUUAUCUGCCCCAAAAGGUGACGCAGGUAUUCGAGAAGUGCGUUUCCCGGCUGAACUGCUGGACGCUGUACAGGAUUGCACGCACGGCCAGUCGCUAUGGCCAUCACUACGUGGCCGCACAUAUAUACACCAAGAUCUCCCAGAUGGUGAUCGUUGAUCACAUGCACUACUUCCUCGUGGCGCUCUCGCAGAUCUCGCAGGCCGAGUGCAUCCUGAACUAUGGCUUGGAUUACGCCGUCAUGCGGGAUAACUACGCACCGAAGGCGCCACCGGAGAGCUUGAUGCCGCUGAUGAAGCGAUUGGAGAAUGCCAGCAAUCUCUAUCAGCAGGCGUUGGCCAGCCUGCGGGCUUGCUCCUCGCCCCAGCAUCCGUGCACCUUCCAGCUGGAGUAUCUGAAGAUACGGGCGCAGUUCCUGCAGACCUUGCUCCUGGCGGUGACCGUGAAGAAUGCCCAGGUGAUUGUGCCGCCGCCGGCCAUCGCCGGAAGCCUGGCUCAGAACUCGCGGGACUACCUGCAAAAGUUUGGACAUGUUACCAAUCAGCUGCGCAAGCUUGUCAAGGCUCUGAAGGCCUGCGAGGAGUCGUACGCCAGGCUCUACAAAUCCUCCUUCGAUGCCGACCAUGUGACACUGGAGUUCCUGCAGGUGGCUGAGUUCCAGUGUGCCCUCUUCGCCCACAUUAUCGAGUCCAUUUGCUAUGCCACGCCGCCGGAACCGCCCGUCUUCCUUACCACCGGAGAGCAUCCGGAGACGCGGUACUUUUCCGCCAGCUGCCAGCGCAUGGUGCAGAUGCAGAAGAACCUGCCGCAGGAGCCAGCGAAUGCCAAGACCAUUAGCAAUCGGCAUUUGGACGUGAUUAUAGCCCAGAUCGAGAUCAUCACCAAAACGCCGCUCUGCCUGCCUCGCUACUUCUUCCAGAUCCUGCAGUCCACGCAGAUCAAGCUGUCGGUUAGUCCGCAGCCCAGGAGCGCCACCGAGCCGGUGAAUGUCCAGUCGGGCAGUAACCUGGUCAUCAAGGUGGAGGGCGUACUGCAGCACUUUAGCAAGCAGCAGAAGCACUUCCGCCGUGUCGAGUCCGUCCAGCUGAGUCUCACAUCUCAGCUGAUUACCCCGCCUCCGAGAUCCACGCAGGACCAGCUAUCCAAGCCGGGAGCCAAUGACACCGUGACCCUCAAUCAGAUUGUAAAGCCCCAGCGGGACUUUCUCUCUGGCAGCUUCCUGCUGCCCAUCUCCAGUGGCGGUCACUUUCAGGUCACACUCGAGACGUUCGUGGUAGAUGAGAACGGGAUCACCUGGUGCACGGGUCCGAAGUCUUCGAUGGUGGUGAGGGUGCUGGAGGAUCCCAGCAAGCCAUCGGCGCCAACGCCAAGCACUUCCCAGGCGGUGGGCCAGACGAGGAGGUUUUAAAAACGCUUAAGCUUAUGUUUUAAGAUGGAAU